AUGCCAACCACCGCAGCCAGCACAAGAAUCCUGCUUGCAGCCUGCAAUCCUACGAAAAUAGGGAAGAAGACCAAAAAUGUGAUUCCUCUUCAAGAGAAAAUUCCUGACUAUGAUCCCGACAUCCCGGAGCCAAAAUGCCGAGCUGAACUCCUUAAGUACUGGAUCAAACUAUCUCUGGAUGACAAGACAGCCAAUAAGAUGCUGUGGAUAACAGACGGAGGCUCCAAAGUGUUCCGAAUGACUGAUGACGUCACUUGUCCUGUACUGGAUAGACCAGAGAGAUACGAAUAUUCACCUCAGGUUCUUUGCAAAGAGGGAAUCCUGGGCUUUCGAGCGUAUUGGGAGAUCGAGUAUUCCGGAUGGGUGGUGGCCGGGGUCACUUAUGAAGGGGCUGGACGAAGGGGACGCGAUGGCCCCUGUGGCCUAGGGGAGAAUGAACAGUCUUGGGGUAUCGGCUGGGGGGGCUCACAUUACCAGGUGUGGAUCGAUGGCAUCAACAAUGGAAUCUGGGACGUCCCUCAGUACAGCACCAUUGGGGUUUACCUGGACCACCCAGCAGGGGUGGUCAAUUUUUAUGCCGUGGAGGAGGUCGAGGGCAGGCGAGAGGUGAGACUCUUGCAUCAGAUUAAGAGUUCCUUCAAGGGGAGGAUGAUGCCUGGUUUCUGGGUAGGACAAAAGUCCUCAUGCACUAUCAGUUUGAAGGAAUAA